AGUGGAUAGCCUCCCCGCACUCUCACCUCGUUCAUCCGUUCAUUCUCCUGCUUUUCACCGCUCGUCCUCGCCAUGGCCGAAUUUGUCCAACGGCUCGAUCCCAUCAAGUUGGUGCAAGUAGAGACGGCUCUCUCAUUCGCCGUCAGUGCCUUCGAUGCACCCAACUACAACCUCCCUAUCUUCUUGUUCGGAAUGUACACGCAAGAGGUCGCCGAAGCGACGGAGUCGCUGAAGUUGUUCAUAUACCUUCUGAGCGCUUCCGUGCUGUACGAUCUCAUCUGGAUGUACAAUAACCAUCAGAAUUGGUUCCUCAAGCUGAUCACAAUUCUCACCUUGGCACUGAAGAUACCCACCGUGCUGGCCUUCUUGUCCGCCUUGCGACAGAGGGGUGCGCAUUUAUCCGGGAUUAGUUUCCAGGGCAACGACGUGGGAGGAGGGGCUACAGCAGUCUGGUCAAUGCCUGGCGGCUUCACAUCCAGCGGAAGAGACGGUUAUCAGAGCGUUGAUGAGCCUGCAGAAGUCCAGACGCCAAAGCCGCUAGGGAGUACACAGCCAGUGCCCACUACCCAACCGAACGCUCCGGGAGCAUAUCAGAACGUGUAAUAUUGAUCAUAAUACCUAUAUGAGCCAUGACAAUGAGUCUACUAUUGAUACAGCCCAUCCAUAUGCACAUGAGACUAUCUAAAGGAACUUCGCUCCCUGUUCCAGUCACAAAUAAGUAUUGCAUACGUCCACGCCGCGUUUCGAUCACUCACCUGCGAUAGAAUCACU